AUGAGGAUCUAUAUGCUGUUAGUUUCGAUGGAUCCGAUCGUGUCAAGAGGGCUGGAGCCGCUUACAGCGCGAUCUUGUGGAAAUUGUCUGAAUGGAGGAUCUGGCUACGCUGAAGGUCUGACAGUGAAAGAAGCAGAAUAUUAUGGGUUGCUGUUGUAUUUGGAGCUGUUGGAAGAUUUGGAUCCACGACGUCUAGUGAUCUGCGGAAACUCGAAUCUGGUGAUCCGACAAGUACGAGGUGAGAUUGACGGUAAGGCCCCAGGUUUGACACUGCUACGCCAGAACGCUUUGGAUCGACUACGAACUUGGCCGGAUCACGAGUUGUUACAUGCUAUAAACAAUAUUGGAAUGGGA